AUGUUUCUCUUUCGGUUGUCAUUAGUUUUUCCUUUAUUUUUUCAUUUACUUUGUCUUUAUCUUUUUUCUGUCUUUAUCCCACAUUUUUCCUUCGCUCUCUUUUGUUCUUUCUCUUCUGUCUUUUUCUUUCUUUUUAUACUUACUUUCCUUUUUUGUUUUCCCUCUAUUCAUUGUUUCAUUCCUGUAGUUUUUCUAAUCUUUUUUUCUUUUCCUUUUCUUUUUUCUCUUCUUUUUUUAGUUUUCUUUUUAAUUUCUUUUUUUCUUUUCUUUUUUCUUUUUAAUUUCUUUUUUCUUUUUAAUUUCUUUUUUCUUUUUAAUUUCUUUUUCCUUUUUAAUUUCUUUUUCCUUUUUAAUUUCUUUUCUUUUUGUUUUGUUUUGUUUUCUGUUUUCUUUUUUCUUUUUUACUUUCUCUUUUUUCUUUGUCCACUUUUUCUUCACUCUUUUGUUUUUUUACUUUUUAUUUUUAUAUUUUCUCAUUUGCAUUUUCUAUUCUCCCUCUCAAUUUUUCUUACCUUUUCUUCCUCUUUUCUUUUCAUCUUCCUCUUUUCUUUUCAUCUUCCUCUUUUCUCUUCGAACCAACCCUACCCCUUCUCUGCUUCUUUUCUUUUGAGAUUUCUUCUUUUUCUCUUUUCUUUUUUUUAUUGCAUUUUCCCGCCACCUCUUUUUGCCCGCAUUUCUUCCUUUAUUGCAUCUCUUUUCUCUUUUAAUUUUUCCCUCUUACAGUUUUUCUUACUUUUUUCGUUCGUUUUUUUCUUCUUUUCUACUUCUUCUUUUCUUUUUUUUUUUUUUUUUUUUGUACUUUUUCUCUUUUAUUUUUUAUUUUCCUUUUCUUCUUUAUCUCAUUUCCCUGCCAUCGCUUUUUAA